CUCAACAAAGAUAACCUUAGAUUUACGUGACGGUACACGUGUCCUUAACAAGGACACUCACCAAUGGUCAAGAACUAGUACUAUAUAUAAGGGGUAAGGAAGCAAAUUUUUAUUAUUCUCAAGAUCGAACAUAACCUGCCUUAUCUUCGGCUCAAAAAAAACAUGAUGCGUCUACUUACAGCAGCAAUUGUUUUGUUGGCAUACACAGCUUCAAUCAGCGGUCACACAUGCCACGAUAAUGGUGAAACUUAUUAUCAUGCUGAUGUUAGCACAGGAUGCCAGGUUUAUCACUUAUGCAGAGGCUCUGAAAUGUCCACUUUAACAUGCCCUGAGGGAGAAGCUUUCGAUCACCACACAAGCGAGUGUAAAGAGCGAGCACUAGUUGAUUGCGUCGAAACUGAGCAUACCCAUCAUCAUCGUCACAAGCGCUCCCAUGAUGAGCUCAUUGUCCAUUCCAUUGAUAUUACGGAGCUCAAAGCUGAAAUGAAAAAAUUGUGUGAAGAAGUAAGAUUCCUCAUUCGAUCAGCAGUCAAGGAAGUGGCCCCUACAAUUUAUUCCCAAAUCGAAGCAAAUUAUGCACCAAUGAUCAAAAAAUUCAAGACCGAAGUCAUGCCAUUCGUUAACGAUAGAGUCAUGCCACGAUUGCACAAAGCCCACGCAUAUUUUGAUCGAGUGGUUGGAAGGGUAUUUGAAAAGGCAUACAGAUCUUACGAACUAUCCAAUUCAACUCAUAUUGCAUUAGUUUCUUUCUCUGAUUUAGCAAAUGAUAUCGCUAAAGAUUUGGAGCCUGUCUUGAAACUUGGAAAGUAUUUGUCUUCAAGAUUAGCACAUGUGUAACUUUAAUUAAUGAUUAUAACUAAUUUAUUUUUCAUCAAAGAUGCAUCAUUUUAUUCAAUGUACUAGUCAUUGCACACUGUGCAUAUGCAUAAAAUUUGUACAUGUUUCAUACAAAAUAAAAAUUUGCUUGUAUGAAAA